AUGUUGAAUUCCUUGCAAAAUUCUAUCAAAUAUUUGCGGGUUGUGAACAUUAAAACCGCCUUAAACUCGUUAAAAGAAUGUAAACCAAAUAAUCCAAUAGUAAGACCCAAACUUGAUCUAAUAUCUAAAGCCAAAACUAUAUCCUUCUCACCAAGAUGUAUCAAUUUCGAAAUACAAGAAAAGCCUAUGGAUAAUAAAAUAAAAAGGGAUCCUUUAGCUUACACUCCAAUAGUUAAUCCGAGGUCAAUUUUACCACUAAUUGAUGCCAAUUGGAGAAAUGAUGAGAUUGGUUUGCCUGCCAUUGACCGAGAAGAAAAACAAGCAAUCCGUUUGAUUGUUAUUAGAAGGAAAAAGAUGAAGAAACAUCAAAGGAGGAAGCUUUUUAAGAGAAUGAGGCAUCGCUGGGCAAGGGUAAAGAAAAACCGCCGCAUUAAGAAAGAGAAAAUCUUUCAAACAGAGUUAAUGAUGAUGAUUAAACAGGCAAAUGCAUUUUCUGCUGAGCAGUAUGUGACCAGCAAAAUUGAUAAAGCAAACCACACUCCAUUGCCAACUCGCUGGAGACACAAGCGUCUUCCUCAGUUCAUCAUACGACAACUACUUGGCAUUGAUAAGAAGAUUAAUUACAAGCAUACUGAUGUAUAUAAAGCAUAG